GAGAAAAAAAAACUGCUUUUCAGACAGCUUAGAAAGGAACAUAUUUUAUUCCAUCAUACGAUCGUAAGAUCCUGAACAGACAUGUCUUCGGUGGAUGAGGAAAGCCUGCCAGAUCUUCCCCCUGAUUCUCCAGGGAGUUCUGUGUCCAGUAGAUUGAUGGAGGAAUAUGAAGAACUUCUGAAGCAUGCAGUGGUCAUCCCUAACUACGACCCCAAACAUAUCCCACAAACCAUCACAGAGGUCAGAGAGACAUUUCACCAAGUAACGAGAGAGACAUUGGUUCAAGUUCAACGCGAGGAAGAGUCUGAAGAUGAUCCAGACACAACACCAGUGGUUGUCAAAGUUACCAGAGAGUCACAGCUUCCAGAUUUUGGUCAGAGUCCAAUCAAUUCACAGCGUUCUGAACAGUCAGAUCAAGAAACACCUCGAAAUGAAAUGUCAGCAGAAGAACAGCAGAAGAUCCCACCCCCUCUCUUCCAGUCCAAGAACACAAGCCAACCAGAGCACCAGGAGGGUCAAAGGUCAUUCCAUAGUGAGGGUCAAAGGUCCUUUCUUGGUGAGGGUCAAAGGUCAUUCCAUAGUCAGGGGCAACGGUCUUAUCAAAGUGAAGGUCAGAGGUCAUUUCCAAGGGAGCAGACCACAGUUGAGACAGAAUAUGUGUCUUCUAUUGACCCAGAUGUGACAAACAUGGAAAAUGUGCUGGAUCAUUGGACGUCAGAUCUGAAAAAGAAUGUCUUGGCCGAGUUUAGUAAAGCCAAAAUCAAAAUUGUUGAGAGGUGCAAACAGACUUUACUCAGGGAGCAAGAAUGUUCUGCAUCAGAACGAAGGAACCUUCAGGAUGAGAUAGAGAGAAUGAAGGAGCUCCUCCACACGUACGAGACAUCAAUACAAAGAAAGGACCAGGUCAUCUCUAACCUGACACAGGCCCUCAGCAAACAAAAGGAAAAGCAGGACGCCAUGAAGACUUUCUCAGAGUGGAAGAUACAACAUGUGGAUCUGAAAAGGGAGAAAUUUGCAGAGAAGCUGGCCCAGCGGUACCAUGAGAGAAGACUUCAACAGAAAGUUUGGGAGGCGUGGCACUCUGUGAUUGAGAACAAAUGGCGAGCCAGGGUGGAGAAGGCAUGUCAGGCCAAGGCUCAGGAGAUCUGUAUGCAGCUGACCAAUGAUUACGAGGCUAAAGUAGCAUCUUUGACAGAGUCCCUUAAUGCUGCUCGCGAGGAGAUAUGUAAUCUACACAAAGAACGAGAGCAGUACGAGGAAGCCAUGAAGAAGGCGUUCAUGCGUGGAGUGUGUGCACUCAACCUUGAAGCGAUGACCGUAUUUAACAAAGAUGACCAGAAAGAGAACAGACCAUCUGGAGAUUUUUCUGACAAUUUAGAGAGCAGCCUUCCAGAGAAAGAUUUCAGUGCCCCUAAAACUAUCCCACAGGAACCCAUAUUUACUUCUCAUCCAGGUUAUGAGGCCUCUGCACCCAAGGUCAUAACUAGUCAAGGGUCAAGGUCAACAACUCUAUCUAGUAUGGCACAGUCCAAAGCAAAUAUGGCAGCUACAAAAGCAUCUUCUUCACAAAAAGGAAAAAUGGUUCCAGCGAAAGUGACAAGUAAAAUUGACAGUCAUCGACCAAGUUCUGGAUCAAGGGGUGGAGUUAAGACUCCACGACCAUCCUCUUCUGGUGGGUCACGACCUGGUGACCUUGGGGUCAAUGGUGUAGCUCCACCUAUGAGUUCUGUCAUAGUGGAGAGACAUCAACCUGUUACUAAGGAAACAAUUGGAAAAGCUACUGCAGUAAAAUAUCCCUCCAAGAAAACGUCCACUUUAGCUGAUCAUUCACAGGGGGGCGUGUCUCACAGGAAGAUAGCUGGACAGACUUCAACUGGCCCCGCCCACAUACAGACUGUUAAAGUAGUGGACUGAUAGUGAUUAAUUUUUAAUUUUAUAAAAGUAGCGAUAUGUAUAUAUAUUUUAAAAUAUGAAAAAAAUGUGCUGAAAUUCUUUAAUGCAUUUUCUUACUUUUUUG